UACAGAUUUAAAUUGAUACUGGUGUACAUCUUCUUGUUCUAAGCUAUAUUCAUCCAACAAGUCAUAAAGCCAUAAUGUGGUAUAACAUCCUUUUUGAGAGGUGAAUAUUAUUGAAUGAAAAUGGCUGACAGAAGUGGGAAGAUUAUUCCAGGACAAGUGUAUAUUGAGGUGGAAUAUGAUUAUGAAUAUGAAGCAAAGGAUAGAAAGAUUGUGAUAAAACAAGGGGAGCGGUACAUCUUGGUGAAAAAGACCAAUGAUGACUGGUGGCAAGUCAAGCCGGAUGAAAACUCCAAAGCGUUUUAUGUGCCAGCCCAGUAUGUGAAAGAGGUCACGCGCAAAGCUCUAAUGCCACCUGUUAAGCAGGUAGCUGGUCUACCAAAUAACUCCACGAAAAUAAUGCAGAGUUUGCAUCUUCAGAGAUCAACAGAAAAUGUGAACAAAUUGCCUGAGCUUUCAAGUUUCGGAAAGCCGUCGUCGUCUGUUCAAGGAACAGGUCUUACUCGUGAUGCCAAUCAGAAUUUUGGACCCAGUUAUAAUCCAGGUCAUACUGUCAACCUAAGCCUGGACCUGACCCAUAAUAACGGAAAGUUUAACAAUGACUCACAUUCUCCUAAAGUUUCCAGCCAGAAUAGGACACGCUUAUUUGGUCAUUUUCCCGGUCCAGAGUUCUUGGAUGUAGAGAAAACUAGCUUCUCCCAGGAACAAUCUUGUGAUUCCGCAGGAGAAGGCUCUGAAAGAAUACAUCAAGAUUCUGAAUCUGGUGAUGAACUUAGCAGCAGCUCCACUGAACAGAUAAGGGCAACCACACCUCCAAAUCAAGGAAGGCCAGAUUCUCCCGUCUAUGCUAAUCUUCAAGAACUGAAAAUAUCCCAGUCUGCUCUUCCUCCACUUCCUGGGAGCCCGGCAAUUCAGAUUAAUGGAGAAUGGGAAACUCAUAAAGACAGCUCAGGGCGUUGCUAUUACUAUAACAGGGGAACACAGGAAAGAACUUGGAAACCACCUCGUUGGACUCGGGAUGCAAGCAUUAGCAAAGGAGAUUUCCAAAGUCCAGGGGAUCAAGAGCUUCUUUCAUCCGAAGAAAACUACUACAGCACUUCUUACAACCAGUCAGAUAGUCAGUGUGGUUCUCCUCCAAGGGGUUGGUCAGAAGAGUUGGAUGAACGUGGGCAUACCUUAUAUACCAGUGACUAUACUAAUGAAAAGUGGCUCAAGCAUAUUGAUGAUCAGGGUAGACAGUAUUACUACAGUGCAGACGGAUCUCGGUCGGAAUGGGAAUUGCCAAAGUAUAAUGCUUCAUCCCAGCAGCAAAGAGAAAUAAUUAAAAGUAGGAGCCUGGAUAGGCGGCUGCAAGAACCAAUAGUAUUAACAAAGUGGAGACACAGCACCAUUGUAUUGGACACUAAUGACAAGGAAUCUCCAACUGCCUCAAAACCCUGCUUUCCUGAAAAUGAGUCUUCUCCCUCCUCACCAAAGCACCAAGAUACAGCCAGCAGUCCAAAGGAUCAAGAGAAAUAUGGAUUAUUAAAUGUAACAAAAAUUGCUGAAAAUGGGAAAAAGGUUCGAAAGAACUGGUUGUCUUCUUGGGCGGUGUUGCAGGGUUCUUCUUUACUUUUUACCAAAACUCAAGGAAGUAGCACAAGUUGGUUCGGCAGUAAUCAGUCCAAACCAGAGUUCACGGUGGACCUGAAGGGGGCAACAAUUGAGAUGGCUUCCAAGGAUAAAUCCAGCAAAAAGAAUGUAUUUGAGCUGAAAACUCGACAAGGGACAGAACUGCUAAUUCAGUCCGACAAUGACACUGUUAUUAAUGAUUGGUUUAAAGUUCUUAGUAGUACAAUCAAUAAUCAGGCAGUAGACACUGAUGAAGGAAUUGAAGAGGAGAUACUCCCAGAUUCACCAGGAAUAGAAAAGCAUGAUAAAGAAAAGGAACAAAAGGAUCCCAAAAAGCUUCGUUCCUUUAAAGUAUCUAGCAUAGAUUCUUCAGAACAGAAAAAAACCAAGAAAAACUUAAAGAAGUUUCUUACACGACGCCCCACUUUGCAAGCUGUUCGUGAAAAAGGUUAUAUUAAAGAUCAGGUAUUUGGAUCCAAUCUUGCUAAUCUGUGUCAAAGAGAGAAUGGCACAGUACCAAAGUUUGUGAAGUUAUGUAUUGAACAUGUUGAAGAAUAUGGUUUGGAUGUUGAUGGGAUAUACAGAGUAAGUGGCAACCUCGCAGUGAUCCAGAAGCUAAGGUUUGCAGUCAAUCACGAUGAGAAGUUGGACUUGAAUGACAGUAAAUGGGAAGAUAUUCAUGUCAUUACUGGAGCACUCAAAAUGUUUUUUCGAGAAUUACCAGAACCUCUUUUUACAUUUAAUCAUUUUAAUGAUUUUGUUAAUGCAAUUAAGCAAGAACCAAGACAGCGAGUCGCUGCUGUUAAGGACCUAAUCAGACAGUUGCCAAAGCCAAAUCAGGAUACAAUGCAGAUUCUUUUCCGACAUCUCAAAAGAGUUGUAGAAAAUGGAGAGAAAAAUCGAAUGACCUAUCAGAGUAUAGCAAUUGUUUUUGGUCCCACUCUAUUAAAACCAGAAAAAGAGACUGGUAAUAUAGCAGUUCAUACUGUAUACCAAAAUCAGAUUGUAGAAUUAAUUCUUCUGGAACUGAGUUCCAUCUUCGGACGCUGAUUCUUACUGAAGACAACCUGUGGAAUAGAAGCUGGAUUCCAUCAGAUUUCAAAUGUUUAUACACAAUGUAUUUUAUUUUUUGGACCAAGCAGUGACUCUAAUUUUGCACUUUUUUUUUGAGGGAUCAGAAGGGAAGGAGAGAGUCAAGAUGUGUGUUAGGCCCUCACAUUUGCUGCUUUGUUGCAAGUUGAUAUAACUGCGUGUAAUUAUGAAUUCAUUUUAUCCUGAAUGUUUGCGUUUCAUACUCUGAAUUUCAGUAAAAAUCAAAACUUAAAAUUCUAACCAGUCAUAUACACUGGAUAAUUUGGUAAGAAAACUGUAUUUUUUCCCUGAAAUUGGAUAAUGUAGACUUUCUUCUCAAGAUUCAUGACUUGAUAGAACAAAAUACUUACUAUCAGUUAUGUUGAAAAGGCUCUUGGGCAUUUUAAACAAAAUGAAGUAUAUCCAUUUUGAAACCUGUGUAUUUCUUUUUCGGGGUUUCUGCAUGCAGUGGCAGUCUUAAGUGCCCAAAUUCAUCAUAACCCCAAAAUAACCUCUUGAUGAAGGCUUGCUGUCUUUUACUGUGUUACACAGCAUCCUUACUGGAUAUCUUAGUUGCUUGUUUGGGCAGCACACUAAUAUUACUUAAAACACUGUGAUAUACUGGAGUUUUAGUUAGCUUAAGUCAGUUCAGGGCAUUUUAGGGCUGUCUUGCUAUACUGAAUUGUAGCUAACAAUCCUAAUUAUAUCUAGUACCAUACUGAGUUCUUGGUAUGACCCUGUGGAAACACACAUUAUUUUAUGUAAAUAUAGGCUAAAGACUUAAUGUCCUUUAGCUUGUGUAUAUAAUUGUGUUGUAUAGUCUCAGAGUACAUUCUAACCCUACAUUUCUAAUCAUGUUAUUGGUAAUCUUUUCUGUGAAUAUUAGGUUUCCUCCAGAAAUAGGCCGUUAUUUGGGAAAGUUAACUGUGUGCACUUUUAGAUAUUAAUUACAUUUACAGGCAAAUCACUGUCAUGAGAAUGGUACUGGAAAAAUACUGAAUAGACUUGCUAAAUGGCACAUGCACUACAAGAGGAACCUUUUAGGUUAUUUAAUAUGUACAGAAAACAUUAGAAAAAAUUUAUUACAGAAUUCUAAUUCCAGUAUGAAUAGUGGAAACCCAUCUGUAAAUUAGAUGAUGUCGGAUGGAAAAUGACAUUGCUAAAUUGGAGAAUUUCUUUUUACCUACUAAUGUAGAUUGCUUUGUAUAAUAAAACACAGGGUUUGGAAGGUUUUGUUACAGGGAGCAUGGUCUGUUGAAGAUUUUUAAAAUGUAUUUUUCUAGAUUAACUUCUGUACAUGAAAUGUCUAAUAAAACUAUAAGAGGUUUAGAGAUUUUUCCAUUGGAAAUGUG